ACAAUAAUGGCCAGUUACUCUCCGCACUUCCCCGUCGCAUGAAGAUGAAUAGAGGGAAAAAAACCAUGAGGAAACGGGAAAGUGUUGUGUAUUUUGGUAACGAGAAGGUACGACUGGCUCUAAAUCGGGCUCUGUUCGGCAUGGCUGUCUUGCUAUUCAAAGCAUUCACCGCUGUACUGCUGAUAUCAUUUGGAUUUUCCAUGGUUCAUGGAUAUUCGUUGACUGUAUUGCACACGAACGACCAUCAUGGCCGAUUCGAAGAAACAGACACCAGCGGUGGCCUUUGCUUCCCGAGAUUGGCAAAAGCAGGAGAGUGUUUUGGUGGAGUGGCGAGGAGAGCCACUAUGAUAAAAAAGAUUCGAGGGGAGGAGAAAAACGUGCUGCUUCUCUCUGGCGGAGACGUGUUUACGGGAACGCUGUGGUAUCUAGCCUAUCGUGGAAAUGCUUCAAGGAAAUUCAUGAAUGAACUUGGAUACGACGCCAUGGCCCUCGGAAAUCACGAAUUUGACGACGGUGUUGACAAUCUCGUUGCCUUCCUAAAAGCUGUGAAUUUCUCCGUUGUGGUUUCAAACUUGAAUGUCUCCUUGGAGCCGAGCUGGCCUAAGUUGCCUCCACUCUUUGUUAGGUCAAAGGUCUUUGACGUUGGAGGCGAAAAAAUUGGAAUUGUGGGAUAUGUACUGCAAAAAACGCCAAAGGUUUCCAAACCUGGCCCAGGACUAAACGUGAAAUUUCUACCCGAGGUAGAAUCACUCAAGAGUGCUGUGCAGGAGCUAAAAAAGCAGAACAUCAAUAAGAUCAUUGCUGUGGGCCACUCUGGUAUUGAUAUGGACAAGAAAAUUGCUAAAGAAGUGGAUGGAGUCGACAUAGUGGUGGGUGGACAUACUAACACCUUCCUUUACACAGGUACCCCACCCUCCACGCAAAAGCCUUACGGCCCGUAUCCUCUAGUGAUUACCCCAGACAGUGACCCUGAUGGUAAAGUGUUGGUUGUUCAAGAUUAUAUGUACGGUAAAUAUCUAGGACGUUUAAACGUCGAGUUUGAUGGUGAUGGUAAACUUACCUCCUGGAAUGGGAAUCCCAUAAUACUAAACAAUUCGGUUGCGAAGGAUCCAACAAUAGAGCGAGAAGUUCAACAGAUGAAGGCUAAAGUGACCGAACUUGUUGACUUUAAAGUGGGAACGAGUUUCGUCUUCCUCAACGCUGAAAAACCAGACUGUCUGUUGAAAGAAUGCAAUUUGGGUAACCUUUUUACGGAUGCCUUUGUUUUCCACUACGCUAACCUGACUGCCAGUGAAACUCAGUGGACUGAAGCGAGUAUUGCACUUCAGAAUAGUGGCAGCAUUACAGCAUCAAUGUUCGUCAGUGCUCAAGAAGCUGUCACUUACGGUUACGUUGUGAACAGCUUCCCGUAUAGAAAUACUGUCGAUAUUGUGGAACUCACGGGCAAGGAUCUUACGCUGGUCUUCGAACAAGUAGCUACAUUGUAUGAUAAAAACGACCCCAGCAAUUCAUUUCUGCAAGUCUCAGGACUCAAAGUAAAGUACGACAUGAAAAAGCCUGAAGGUAGCCGAGUCGUAGAAAUCCAGGUCGGCUGUGCUUCCUGUAGAUUCCCUUCCUAUCAACCAAUAGUCCUGUCCACUGUUUACAAAGUGAUCCUCUCGUCUUACAUUGUCCGAGGUGGAGCGGGUCUGACUGCCAUUGACGAGAAGAAACUUUCUCACCAAGUUGGUAACAUUACCGUCGACAGAGUGAUUGCAAACUAUUUCAAGGCAAAAUCGCCCAUUAUGACAGGCGUAGAGGGCAGGAUAACUUUUAUGAACGACAAUGACGACAAGCUCUGUGUGAAUGGGGUGAACACGUUCGGAUUGCGUUUCCCUCUGCUAAUUGGUGCCAUAACAUCAUCAGUUUUUAGGGCAAUUUUCAACUGAUUGAACUUGUAUCGAUUAUAA